AUGGAUGCUUCCGAACAGCCUUUAGCGUCAGAAGCAGACAAAACCGCUGUUAAAAACAUAGUUCUGGUCGGACGUACUGGUAAUGGAAAAAGCGCUACUGGAAACUCUCUCAUCGGAAACGAAGUGUUUAUCUCGGAAUCAAACGCAGCGGGUGUUACAACGACAUGUCAGACAUCUAGAGCUGUUACCCCAGAUGGUCUGUUAAUCAACGUGAUUGAUACCCCUGGUCUGUUUGAUUUGUCGGUGUCUGCUGGAUUUAUCAGUAAAGAAAUCAUCAAAUGUCUUACCCUAGCUGAAGGAGGAUUACAUGUUGUGGUAUUAGUCCUAUCCGUUAAAAAUCGGAUAACACAAGAGGAAGAGAACACACUUAGUACCUUAGAGGUCCUUUUCGGGAGCGAGAUUGUUAAAUAUUUGAUUGUUCUAUUCACUGGCGGUGACGAGUUGGAAGCAAAUACUCAAACAUUCGAUGAUUAUUUUCUUCAAGGCUGCCCUGAUUUUCUGACGACAGUUCUUAGAGAGUGUCGAGGCAGAAAGGUCUUGUUUGAUAAUAAGACUACCGAUGAAGGCAAGAAGGCCGAGCAAGUCAAGCAGUUUCAUGCGCUUGUAGCAUCGAUUGAAGAGCAAAAUGAUGGGAAACCGUUUAGUCAUGUAAUGCAACUUAGGAUAAAGGAAGAGUCUGAAAGACUUAUGGAGCAGCAAAAGGAGGUUGAAUCUAGGAACCUUGGAGAAGCAGAGUUGGCAGAGAUAAAGAAGGGAUUACAAGAUUCAUAUGAGGAGAGGAUGAGCCAAAUGCAAAAGAUGAUGGAGAAUACGCUAAAAGAGACUUCCGCUGCACAAGAGAACAUGAUGCGUAUGCUCCACAAGGUACAGAGCGACAAUGAAUCUAUACGCAAUGAACAUGAUCAUGGGGAACAGAGGCGGAUGAUGAUUCAGCUUGGGCUUACUGUGCCUGCUGUAAUAGGUACGGGGUUGGGAUUGCCAUGUAGCAUCUUGUAAUCCAUGUUUCCGACCAAGAUCAAGUCAAACCUGUUUGCUUUUUCUUUUAUGUGUGCUUUCUGUUUCUUCUAUAUUCCCAUUAAAGAUUGAGAUAUCUCAAUCUGUUA